GCGCUUCCUGUCUCUAUGGUUGCUGGUCCGUCCGACUUUCCUUCCCCAGCGGUCCUCCGGGCGCCUGGGCCCUGGGUUGAGGAACGACCGGAACGGGGCAAGAGAGGCGGGUUUUGGUGUUGCCCGGGAGCCGCCGGCGGCCGACUUCCGUUUCCGGUUACUGCGGCACGCGGAUCUGGGGCUGCAGCCCGGCGGAAAGAUGCGGCCUUUGACUGAAGAGGAGACGCGGGUCAUGUUUGAGAAGAUGGCCAAAUACAUCGGGGAGAACCUGCAGCUGCUCGUCGACCGGCCCGACGGCACCUACUGCUUCAGGCUGCACAACGACCGCGUGUACUACGUGAGUGAAAAGAUCCUGAAACUGGCCGCCAACAUCUCCGGGGACAAGCUGGUGUCGCUGGGGACCUGCUUCGGGAAGUUCACCAAGACCCACAAGUUCCGGUUGCACAUCACGGCGCUGGACUACCUGGCGCCCUACGCCAAGUACAAAGUGUGGAUAAAGCCCGGCGCCGAGCAGUCCUUCCUGUAUGGGAACCACGUUUUGAAGUCUGGUCUAGGGCGAAUCACUGAGAACACUGCUCAGUACCAGGGAGUGGUGGUCUACUCCAUGGCCGACAUCCCUUUGGACGAAUGGGAUUCAGACAAGCAAUGGAGGGAUGCCAGUUCACUGUGAGGAAUGAGAAGAAGUGGAAGUAGAGUGGCAGAAACAAACACAGUGUGUUCCAGAGAGAGCAAGCAGACCAGUUUGCCUGGAAGGAGGAUCCACACAGGGCACAAAGGACAGCAAAACUCAAACGCCAGGCUGGGAGUCACGAUGGGGAGCAACACGAUCCUAACCACCGCCCCAGAGCACCUAGCUCAAUGUGGGAGAUUAGCAAAUAUGUACUGAAUUUGCCCAGUCUCAAAUGCUCACAAAAGGUACAAAGCUAGAAAUAUUCAUCAGUCACUUUUAGGGAUCAAGGCGUAACGACCCAAUUCAA